UCAGCCUACUGUGACCAGUUCAGGAUCACAGACUGCAUAUUCUCUGGGUAUAUAAAUUACUUCGUUCGUUUUGUCCGGACAUCAGUGAUCUUGUACAAUUAGCACCAUGCUCAAGCUCGUCGUUUUCCUCGCCUCCGUCUUCGUCGCAUCCGACGCCAUCCUCGUCGGUUACAACAGUCCUUCGGUCGGCUACGAGGCAUAUGCGGGAUACGGAAACCCGGAAGGGCACGAAAGGGCGACUUCGCACGCUUCGAUAUCCGGUCCCGCUGUUCUCCUUGAGGUCACAGGUUAUCCUGCGGGCUACGCAAGUUACGGGAACGACGAACUCUACCCGAAAUAUGAAGACGACGAUUCCCACGAUCGUUACGCAUAUCCCAAGUACGCCUACAGCUAUGGCGUAAACGAUCCUCACACCGGUGACGUCAAGAGCCAGGAAGAGGUCCGGGAUGGUGACGUCGUCAAGGGUUCCUACAGGCUCAACGAGCCCGAUGGAACGGUUCGUAUCGUCGAAUAUACAGCUGACGACCACAACGGAUUCAACGCCGUCGUAAAGAAGCUUGGACACGCUGUACAUCCGGCUCCGAUUCCAGUGGUGAAGUACGUCGCUGGAGGACCAAGGAAGUACCAGGAUUCCGAAUACGAAGGAGGAUACCGUGGACGCUAUUAGGGCCUGAUUAUUUGUUAGCAUCGACGGUUUUGUGCGGAGAAAUAAAACGAUGAAAAAAGUGAAAA